AUGCCUGUUCGUAAGCGAAGCUAUGACGAAGUCUUCACUUCUGGGGCAGAUUCUGCGAAGCGCCCUGCUAGCCGCGGACUGAGCUCGCCGUCUCGGCUUCCUUCAGAGUCGAGCAGUAUAUCGACCAGAUUCGGAUCUGGCCACUCAACACCUCAGCCAACACUUAGCGAAGUGACGCAUACUUCCACUGUCGACACAGAGCUCACGCUCUCGGGCAACGAGAGUAGCGAAGUCUCCGACUCCUCCGACGAUCCCAGUUCCGACUCCGAGAGCAGCGAGAGCGACGAUGAAAUGAGCGAUGGCGAGAGCAUUGCGGAGGAUGAUGAUAUCGUAACGGUGGUGCCUCUGGGCCAGCGCAAAACGAAACCUCCCUUCCGUCUCGAUGAGGAUGAACGCAACAAUGGAAAAUCCCUGCGCGAACGCACUCGAGAUUUCUUACAACAGAUGAAGGCUGCGAAUGAGGCCUUGGAGCAUGACAGGCUAGAAGGGAAAUUAUCAGAAUACCAGUUCGAGGUCACGGAUGACGCACAAGAAGGUCAAUACAUCGAGAUGAACCUAGGACUUGGGGUGCUCGAACAGCAGGACGACGGGGAGAAUACGAUGAGCGACAGUGAGAGUUGUGCAGGUCAAGAUACGGCAAUGACGGACGCGGAGGCAGAUGUGAUAGGGAAGCUGUUAGGGCGGAGUAAGACAGAAGGCGCAGGAAUUCAGGAACUCGAGGCGUGA